AACUGGGCCUCACUGUGUCAAAUAUGCAUGGAGAUGCAAAGCCACAAUGCCACCUAUAAAUAGGUGCAACUCACCUGAGCCACCAUGGAGGAGGCCACCUGCUAAAACACCACAGCCUGUCCCCGCGAGCAUCUCGAUAACUUUGGACCACGGUACGGUCCGCGGCGCCUUGUAGUGGGGACGGAAUGUCCUUUCUUCGAGACGCCAAUGACCCGACCAGCCACUUAGCGAUGGGCCGGGUGGUAGACUUGCAGGGAUCAACGGACUGGCUAAGCCACCGGUCGCAUCCUCAGCUGGUGCACGUUGGGUGAGGUUUCAGGUAAGCGCUCAUAUCCUGGCCAUUCAUAGCUCCGCCAGGGAAGAUUUUUGGAUGGUGACUACGUACUCUCGAGCAGUCAGCGCGUGGUAGGCUGGCUAUAUGUGCAGCCUAUCCCCCGAAGAACUGACAGGCAGUCCAGUUCAGUCCGGGCCAUGCUCCCCAUGUCAACAAAUUCUACCUUUACCGCAGCCAUAGUUGAUGGCUGGAUUGACGAGCCCGAUGGGCGUGGCACCUGGUCCAUUCUCUCGAGCUGUCUACUGACUAUUGUACUAUGUUGCUGGACGGCUGUCAUGCCCAACAUCCCUGCCCGCUCCGACCGAUGGUAUCAUGGCCUACGCGACCGACUGCAUUUGGCCUCUCUGGGACUUUUGGGUCCCGAAUUUCUGCUUAUGCUGGCGCUAGGGCAGUGGUCCUCGGCGCGAGAGUCUGUCAAGGGAUUUGAGCAACUAUUGACAACAAAGACCACUAAGCGACCCCUUUGGACUUUAACUCAUGCCUUCUAUGCGGAUAUGGGGGGUUUUUUGAUCGAUGGCCCGGGAACCGAUCGGCCAUUCCCAGUAAAUGCGAAGCAGCUUCAAUUCCUCAUCGAGAAGGGCUACGUCGAUUACCCUAUGAUUGCUGAAGACGACAUCAACGAUCGGAACAAAUCUGACGCGUUCUCUCGUGUGAUCGCAGUUUGCCAGGCACUGUGGUUGCUCGUCAACUGCGCCAUGCGUGUAGCUCAGGGACUGGCUCUGACGACCUUGGAGCUCACUACCAUCUCAUUUGUGGUGGUGUUCCUAGUGACGUCUUUCUGCUGGCGCUUCAAGCCAUCGGACAUCUCGAGUACCCUGACUCUACACGCAAAUACCGAUAUCAACAUCAUUCGGGAACAGCAUUGCCCUUAUCCUUCGCAAGAAUGGCACGAGACGCCCCUAGACUUUGUGUGUGACGAUGUCUCCUUUUGCGCAGUGCACUGGCAUUACUACACAGAAAUCCUGCGAAAACUGCAUAUUCCGAUGUUUUCACGUCCAAUGACCGCAAAACCACGCGAUCGCAUUGUCAGUGACAACUUUCCCGUCACCGACCUGAAGGCCGAUUGCAUUGCCACCCCAGUGCUGCUUGUAUUCGGCUCAAUGUUCAUGCUUGCCUGGAAUUUCCACUUUCCUUCCCCCGUCGAACAUCUCUUGUGGCGUAUCGCCAGUAUAUACAACCUGAUAUUUACUGUCAUCGGUGGACUGCAUGCCGGUUAUUGCGACAAGAUUCUGCUGCCCAGGGAGUAUAAGCGGCGAAUGGUUCUGCCCUUGUCGAGACUGAAGACAUCGACUAACCCAUCCCGGCAGCGGUCGUGUCUGAGGAACUUAGCAGCCAAGUUGAGAAACAUCGAUCCGUAUCGCAAUCCUAAGAGGGAGGUGCCUCUUCGUGUGCUGUUUCCUACUUCUAUUCUUUGUGCAGCCUAUUGUGUGGGUCGAGCGUACGUUCUGACGGAGGACUUUAUCGGACUGCGCAGUUUGCCUGCCAGUGCCUUUCAGACGGUUAGCUGGUCAGACUACGUCCCACAUCUGUAAGCAGGGCGCGGUGCAGCGGAUAACUCAUUGCUCAUAUCACACAUGUAAUGACACACAUAGAGACUCUAUAUACUAUAAAUGUUCAAAUCGACAAGACCUCCCAAGCAAUCCCAUAUCAGCCGUCACGGCCCAAAUGGUAGGAUAAACGCCAAAUUCAACAUUACUGUCAUUACUUUCAUCCAUCGGUCAAUACACCAUCACACUUCCAGUCGGUGAACAAGGAGUCUCAGAACCCAGUUCGGGCAGCCCGAUUCCUUUUCCACCUCGUCGACCCGAUGCCGGAUCUCACCCAUCAGGCCUCGAAGUGCUUCUUGCGUGUAUGCCAUGC